CGGUGGCUCUACUCGACGGAACGGCGACGGCUCUUUCGAUCUCUCCUCGACGGCACGGCGACGGCUCUAUCAUCUGUGGGUCUCGGCGAGGAAAGAAAACUGCGACCUUUCUAUCGGUGCCUCUCCUUGACCAAGCUAAACGACGACAUCUCUAUCGGUGGAUUGAUCAAGAGCGAUGUUUUAGGAUGAUUUUCUCUCUGUGUGGAUUGAUCAAAAGCGAGACAGAUUGUGUCUGUGUGGCUUUAGGUGUAUUUUACUGCUUGUUCUCCAUCAAUUUUGAAUAUGAAAAUCCACAAUUUCUAUUCUGAUUUGUCUCGUGUUUUUGUGUUUAGGUGUGAUAAAGCAUCACACGGGUUCUUCAGAUAGAGGACCUUCGAUUAUUCACACAGGUCACGGGAGUGGACAGUUCUUGCCAUGACAGGUCACGGGAGUGGACAGGUCAGGGGAGUCGACCAUUGGCUUCCUGUUGGAGAGGUCAGAGGAGUUUGUAGUCUUCUGUCUGUAUAAUUGUACUGGAGAGUCAGAGUUUGUUGUCUUGUGUCAUGGGAGUUGUAGUCACGAGAGUGAGUGAGAGAGAGUUUGUAUCACGAGAGUGAGAGAGAGUUUGUAGUCUUCUGUCUGUAUAGUUGUCUUGUAUCACGAGAGUGAGAGAGAGUUUGUAUCACGAGACAUUCAUUUUCUUGUUAUAUAAUUCACUCAUUAUCAUCUCAUUUUCUCAUCUCAUUCUCAACGUCUAGCAAUUCUCUCAUUCUCAACGUCUAGCAAUUCUCUCAUUCUCUAUUCUCACAAUUCUCAUCACAAACACAUUCUCUAUUCUCACAAUUCUCAUCACAAACACAUUUAUAAAAAGCUAAAACAAAUUCUCAUGGCAUCUUCUUCUAAUAACAAUAUCGAGGGAUCAAUGGAUGACAUUUUUGAUCAUCAUUUCGAGCAAGCAUUUGACACGGUGUACAAUCAUAUCGGUGAUCAGUUAGAAAACGAAAGGAAGACAAGAAAAAAAAGAGUUUUUAUCGAAAGACACCGUGAAGAAGGUCAUCUCCGGUUAUGGAAUGAUUAUUUCAGUGACGUUCCGACGUAUCCUGAAAAUCUAUUCCGACGACGAUUUAGGAUGAACAAGUCAUUGUUCAUGUUUAUUGUUGAUCGCCUCUCCAAUGAAGUCCCUUUCUUUCGUCAAAAGAAAGACGUUACCGGAAGAUGUGGUCUCUCUGCACUUCAAAAAUGUACAGCAGCUAUUCGCGUGUUGGCAUAUGGUUCUGCGCUUGAUGCGGUCGACGAAUACCUUAGGCUCGGUGCAACCACUGCUCGGUUAUGUGUGGAAAAUUUUGUAGAAGCAAUCAUAAAUUUGUUCGCCAAUGAGUACCUAAGAAAACCAACACGAGAUGAUCUUCAACGUCUACUUCAUAUUGGAGAUAUUCGUGGAUUUCCCGGGAUGAUAGGAAGCAUCGAUUGUAUGCAUUGGGAGUGGAAGAAUUGUCCCACCGCUUGGAAAGGGCAAUAUUCUCGUGGUUCCGGAAAACCGACAAUCGUUUUAGAAGCGGUAGCUUCAUAUGAUCUCUGGAUUUGGCAUGCGUUUUUUGGACCUCCAGGUACCUUAAAUGAUAUCAAUGUUCUUGAUCGCUCACCUGUUUUUGAUGACAUAAUAAAUGGUGUAGCACCGCGAGUGAAUUUCUCCGUCAACGGAAGAAACUAUCGUUAUGCUUACUAUCUCACCGAUGGUAUUUAUCCAAAAUGGGCAACUUUUAUCCAAUCUAUUUCACUUCCACAAGGGCCGAAAGCAGUCUUAUUUGCUACACAUCAAGAAGGUGUCCGGAAAGAUGUCGAGCGUGCUUUCGGAGUCUUGCAAGCUCGAUUUGCCAUCGUUAAAAAUCCGGCGCUUUGUUGGGAUAAAGUCAAGAUUGGGAAGAUUAUGAGAGCAUGUAUCAUACUACAUAAUAUGAUAGUAGAAAACGAACGGGAUGAAGGCACUCAAUACAAUCUUUCGGAUUUCCAACAGGGAGAAGGCAGCGGAAGUUCACACGUCGAUCUCGCUUUCUCAUCAACAAUUCCUUCAAAUAUCGCCAAUCAAAUGGGUGUUCGAACUGACAUCCGUGAUGGACAAGUACAUCAACGACUGAAAGCUGAUUUGGUUGAACAUGUAUGGAAUAAAUUUGGAGACAACAACUAACCUUCGAAGCUUCUUUGAGAUUAUUUUUCGUUUAUUUUAGUAAUCUUUGUUUUUAUUAUUUUAUGUUUUUAUUUUAAAAUGUUAUGUUUAACUUUGUUUUUAUUAAAUAAAUUUUUUCUUUGUUUAAAAUUUUAUGUUUAAAAUAAAAUUUAAUAUUUAAAAUUGUUAAGAAAUUUUGUUAAGGAACUACCAAUAAACCACUAAAAUUAGAUGUCUCUUAACAAUGUCUCUUAACUCAUUUUUAAGAGUUAAAAAUACACUAAGAGCCCUUAAGUGGGGUUCACCAAUAAACAUGCUCUUAACAACUGAUUCUGUGCAAAUGCUUAAACAAGAGCACUACUUAUAACAUCCACUUCUCACAUCUAUAGCUAGCAAAUGGUUCACAUAAAACACCAACCUCAGCACAGAUAAAUUCUUAGAAUACAUUCAGUUUUCUUCUAACAACCAUUAGCCAAGAAUUUAUAAAGACAUUUUUAAAGCAAUGGCGAGAUGAGAGAGAUAGAGAGAGACCUUGCUGUUGGCAUCAGGAGCGAACUUGUCAGCAACCACAACAUCGGUUGGCAACAAAAGAGAGACGCCUUUGGCCUUAGCUUUGGCAAGGAGAGAUGUAGCCAGUUCGAGUUUAUCUUCCUCAACAAGGGACGAGCCAACAGAAAGACCUUGCGCCUUGUAGAAUGUAAAGAUCAUCCCACCACCAAGAAGAAGGAUAUCACACUUCUCAAGAAGCGACUCAAUAACUCCAAUCUUGGACGAGACCUUGGAAC